UCUGCCAGGCUGAUUCCCUUCCUCCUUGUUUUUUUCUCAGCUGGAGUAGUUUGGCAAGCCUGCUUGGGGUGCCUCUGAGCCCUUCUUGCAACGCCCAGGCGAGUGGGGUGUAGCGUUGGCAGCCAGGCACCUGGCCCUCCCUUAGCUGUGCUAGCACGGUCCCAGGACAGGACAUGUCAAGCUGCAACAGCCCCGGGGGCCCCGCUGCCCUGGACUUUCCGGAAGUCCUGAAGUCCCUGCUGGAGUACUCCUUACCCUGGACCAACAAGAUGACAGAUAAAGAGAAGGAGAAGAUAAAGCUUGAGGAAGAUGAGGCAGCAGCUGCUAGCACUAUGGCAGUCUCAGCUUCCCUUAUGCCACCCAUUUGGGACAAAACUAUUCCUUACGAUGGCGAGUCUUUCCACCUGGAGUACAUGGAUCUGGAUGAGUUCCUGCUGGAGAAUGGAAUUCCUUCCAGCCCUACUCACCUGGAUUUGAACCAGAAUCCACUCUUGCCUGUGGCUGAGCUGGAAGGAAAGGAGUCUGCCAGUGCUUCCACUGGUUCUCCUGCAUCAUCCUCUUCCACUGCAGUUUACCAGCAAUCUGAAGCAGCUUCCAGCACAGAGUCCCCACCACAAAAUGAGAGAAAUACUCCAAGCCCCAUUGAUCCUGACUGCGUAGAAGUUGAAGUGAAUUUUAACCCCGACCCUGCUGAUUUAGUGUUGUCCAGUGUGCCUGGUGGUGAGCUCUUCAAUCCUCGCAAGCACAAGUUUACUGAAGAGGACCUGAAACCACAACCAAUGAUUAAAAAAGCCAAGAAGGUUUUUGUCCCAGAUGAGCAAAAGGAUGAAAAAUAUUGGACAAGGCGAAAGAAGAACAAUGUGGCAGCAAAGCGUUCCCGUGAUGCUCGGCGAUUAAAGGAGAAUCAGAUCACAAUUCGGGCAGCCUUUCUUGAGAAAGAGAAUACGGCCCUGAGGACGGAGGUUGCAGAGCUGCGCAAGGAAGUGGGACGAUGCAAGAACAUUGUUUCUAAAUACGAGACCAGAUACGGACCCUUGUAAGCACACCCCUUUUUCUUGUUAGGGCUCCUUGUUUUAGCCUCUUUAGACUUCUCUGCCUUCCGUAGAGACUCCCAGAAAUAAAGUUUGUGGAGGCUUUGCCAUCUUGCAUCUACACAAAAAAACCCCAAACCCUGUUUAUGUUGGCACAACUUGUUCAGGCCCUUUCCUGAUCAUUAUGUUGCCCAAAAUCUUAGUGUCCAUAUUUACAACUUUUUGUUUUUAACACUGAUAGACCAUUUUCUGGUGUCAUACAGUAGAACAGAUUCACCUGUCUGGAGGAAUAGAUGUGGAUUCCUCCUGACUGGACAGGGCUUUUGCAAUCUGUUCUAAUCUCCAUUUUAAGUGGAGAAAGAGCCUAGGAGACUCUCGUUGCUUUUUUUCUUCUUAAACUCCUGCUCUUUUCUCACUCUCCACAACGCCCUCCCAGUCAAAUUGUAAAACAUCAUUUUAAGAUAUAAGUAGAUGUUGCUGGGCAGCAUCAUGAAAUUAUUUCCUCUCCCAUUCGGAGGCAUUAGAAAGUAGUUGUUAUAUAGAACUCUGUUCCUGCUGAAGAGGAAUAGGGGAACCUUUAGGACAGGAAGACCAGAAAAUAUUUGAUAUCUUGUAAAAACUGAGAUAUCUCGAGGUUGAUGCACAAGUGUUACGCAGACCAGAGUCAGUGCAGUGUUGAUAAAAAUACGGCUCAAACAUCUUGAUAGGCUCUAAUCCUGGAUAACUUCCAAAAACGACGGAGAGAGAACAGUAGGGGUUCUCUUACUUUACAGAUACAGACAAAUAAUUUGCUGUGGGUUUUAGGCUGUAUUUCUACCACCUCCCCUCCUUUUUUUCCUUAGAGGGACUUCUCUCUUGAACUGCUGAUAAAGCAGCAUGUUACACUUAACAGAGAAGUAGGGGAGAUUUAGAAAAAGAGGUCUGGCUCGUUAGCCUGAACCUUGAAACCCAUCUGUUAAGGAAUUUCCAGUACCUUAUGCUUUGGAAGAAGGUUUUGUGUUUGGUUGGGGUUUUUUGGGUUUUUUUCUUUUUUUUUUUUUUUAAAGAAAGAGACAGACAAGCCACUGUUACUUUACUGUAUCUUACCUGUUGUACAAGAGCUUGAGAAAGAGUUUUGGUCCUUUGCCUCAUGAACACUCUAUGGAACAAGCUGCACCCACUUUAAACAUGAACGGUUUACCUCACUAUCUCCUGUGUAGCAGCAUAUCUGGUCUCUCCAUGCCUGCUGGUUCUCCCUCCAGCAUGUUUCCUGUUACAAAAUUAGCACACAAGACUUGCCCUCUUGGAAGUAAUCCAUUCUCAGCACCAAGCGCUGCUUCAACAGUACGUGGUGUUAAAAGAAAAAUGUUAUGUGUGAUGUUGGAACCUUCUACAUGACCUACAACUGCAAGAACCAGAAGCUUUAACAGAAGUAUAUGUCUAGAAGUCCUCUUAACAACAGAAGCUAUCUUAAGAUAGUGGCUGUGUCAGAACUCUUAGGCUACACUUCUUGGGCUAAUAUAAAUAUUAGGGAGUAAAUGUGGGAUAGAAGAUGUUUAGGCUAGUUGUCAGUUCCCCUAUUGAAAUCUGAAAAGUAUAUUAAAAAAGCAUUGGGGUUUAUUUUCUAUACUAAAGACUUUUUGCCUAGCUUGUCAUUAAAACAUAACGUGGAAAUUGGUAUGAGUUUAGAACAAUUGUGUGUUGACUUCUUAAGGAAGUGGAGAAGCAGGCUAAUCCAGAACGCUUAAAGUAAAUGUAUGCUUUGAACUAUCUCCCCCUCUGUUAUGCUCUUAAUAUGCUCUUAAUUUGACUAGAGUGGCUCUUCAUGCAGUGUUGGUCUAAUUUCUUUCAAACAUACUCAAAAUUGUCACCCUUUCAGCAGGGGUUUUUCUUUCACAGGGUGGUGUGUGGUGGUGAUGGUGGGAAGUAUGUCAUAAAUAAAUUGUCACACUUAACACUUUGCUUUGUUUAAAGUGACUUAUCUGAUUCCGAGUGAUGCAACUUUAAAGACUUUUAAAAACAAAGAAACUAAAAAGCACACAUGAAUCGCCAGUCUUCAGAGUGAGCAGUGAAAUCUAUGAGGUGUCCCAACACAAACAACUGACGAUGACCCUGCCUGCCUGCUUGCCUGCAAGUACCCCAUCUGAACUACCCAGGGCUGGGCAUGAUGAAAAGUGCAAAGUCUCCUUAAUUCUGUAUAUGGCUUUCUUAUCUGUCUUUCUCACUGUAACUAUGAACUACAGUAAGCUUACUUAUUGGGGUUUUGUCAAGACACUCAAAGUUCAUGUCUCAAAGUCUGUUGACAGCCUGUGUGAAUAGUGACUCUUUGUUUUGGCAAUUGAGUGGAAGAAAAUAGGGAGUUUUAAAUGGAAAUGUCUGUAUAUAUUAAGAACUGCUAUAUUUUAAGACUCUUUUUCCCUGCAGUAGAAUGAAUUUUAUUUAAUACUGCAGCUCACUACUGGUACAGUGUAGCAUCUUGUGGAGUACUGUGAGUGCAGAAUUAAAGACACCAGGAAAACAGCAGUCUGUGACGUGUGAGACUUCCAGUGCAGAAAAGUACAGCAGAUGUAUUGAAACAAUCCAGAAAGCACCACAGUGUGCCAUACAAAGAGUAGUAAUAAACCUCUCUCAAAUGACACAUGUAACAGUAAAACACUUCGGUUACUUUCCUGCUCCACAGCUACACUGCUGUAACCUGCCUUUUCCUUUGUUUCUUUUAUGAGGCUUACUUUCUUUUAUGGUAUCUUGCUGAAACAAGAUCUCUUCUUCUGUUAACGAUUUAGCAAUUAUGAAAAAGGUGCUAGUUGGAGCUGCCAAUCCCCAUGUCUUUUGGCAGUCUGAAACUACCAAAUGGAUAUUAGCUCCAGCAAAACAAUGGCUAUUAGCUGCCAUAUUACAAUUUUCUGUCUCUUGACUACAUGAGAACUGCAGUGGCGAAAGAGCACUUUUGUUCAUCUGUUUUAUAAAACAGAAACAGCCAAUGAUUUCCCACAGUUACAACGGGCAGCUUAAGUAUCGAGACCCUUUUGCUGGUGUGAGAGAGUGGAUGAAAGCUUGGACACAUGGUGGGGAUGUUUAUUGUGUGUAGAAGAUAGAGGAAGUAGGUGGAAGUUCCUUUGUAAGUUUCAUCAGCGUAACAAGAAUCUACUCUUACAUUGAGGAAGCUUAAGAGCUAAAUUUGUGUGGGAAGAAAGAGAGUACUUAAUUUCUGAGAAAGUAGUACAGGGCCAUGCUUGUAGCCAAAAUGUAAACUUGUAAGACAGUAGUGUAUUCAUGCCUGGAGGUUGAUAGACAGCAUACACCUCAAGAAAAAUAAUCUUGAAAGCUUUCAGCAGCACAAGUGCUGAAAUUACGAGGCACAACUAGUUACCAGCAAAGCUUGACACUAUCAUGUUGAACAAGUAUUCUGACUUUGCAUUUACCCAAGAGAUUCCACCCCUAAUUUCAGAGCAGAAAUGCAAAGAGAAAAAGGUGCAAUGAAGCAGCUAAUGUUGUAAACUUCAUUUAAAAAAAAAUAAAAAUUUCAAAACCCAGAAUUCAUAACCAGGUUUUUGAAGGCAUGACCUUUGUAAAGAGCAUACACAUUAAAUGCAGUUAUUGACCUGUUGUUUUUAAUGGACUAUAUUCUGCAGUAAAGAAAGUGCUUUUAACUUUUUACUUGGUUACUAAAGUAUACUUAUGAGUGUAUUAUUAUAACUUGGGAUUCUAAAGCUCUGAGAUAAUCUUGGGGUAUUCUCUUCAAAUAGAUGAAUAGUUUAGCUUCAUGUUGCUGGAAUGUCAGCAUGUAUCUCUAUCUAUAUCAAGUAUUUCUGACUUGGACUGAUUUUUUGGUAUGUGCUGUUUUUUGUUGUUGUUUUAUUUGAGUGAUGAAGGCCAAACCAUGGAUUUCUUUAAAAAAACCAACAAAAACAAACAACUGUGAUGGCAUGUAAACAUAGCAACUCUAAAUUUUCAGUUAGCUUUGAAUGGCUGUUCUUGAAAGUCUGUCGCGAAUGAGUGGUUUACGCCGCUUAAAGAAUCACCGUCAAGGGUAUGGGCAAAAGUGAUUUUAAUAGAAGUUUAUAAAAAUGGGACUUAACAGAAUUUGAUGGCAAGGUUCACUCUAUUACUUACUAAAACAUACAAAGGAGAAUAAAAUUAAAAUCAAAUCGGAAUGAUUCAUACAGAGGGAGAGAGUGGAGAAAGAAAAGGGGUAAAGAGUAGGGAAGACCCUCCUGUUGAGUCACAAGGUUGCUUUCUAAACUCCUUCUCAGAGAGGAGUCUAGGUGUGGCUAGGUCCAGUCCUAGUCCCAGACUUGGUCAACGGGUUUUAUCUGAAGGAUUAUGUGUAUUUAGCAGCAAUUUGAGGUUCAUUCAGUUUGAGGUAAAUCGUAAAAUUUUAGCAACACUUAAUCAUGGAGUAGUUUAAGUAUUUACAAAGCGAGCUAAUCACAACAAUAGCUUGAUUACAGAUUGAUUCACACAUGCAUGCACACAGACAUAAAGAUAUAGAUAUGUACAGAGGUACCUGUUAAAAAUUCCCCUCGAGUUCCGUGAAAAUACUUCAAAUGUUUCAGCAUUUCUCAACGGGCCAGCGUUGAGCCUCAGGGAGGAGAGGCUUCUAGCCCAGAUUCCAUCGCUGUCUCAGCAGGGUCCUCCAAAACUCUGAGAGGAGGGAGAUGCUGGUCGCAGCCCACUGCAGGCCAGGAGAGCUCCAAGGGCUUCACUUGGGACCACUGUUUGUAGGUUUGCAAGAUGAUUGGCUUUAGUCAUUAGUAAAAUGAUGGAAUUUUGGUAACAGUGGUGCACUUGGGUUAUGAUCCUGAUAAGGAGUGUUCCAGGGCUGUCAGGGAACGAUGGGUCAUCCCAUUCUUGCUCUCAUUACCCGCCUCAGUCAGGUAACAGGAGUGCCUGGUACAGUCAGUGCUGUUCCCUGCCUUAACCAUGCAAGAGUUCAUGGUACAGUCAAGGGAUGCUUACUUAGCUGCCCAACUUGCUACACAAAGGCCAGGGCCCAGCUGGGAUUCCUGAGAUUGUAGAGUGGUCUGUGGGGGAGGGGGAAGGAAUGCACCACCACAAAGUCAUGCUUCCUGUUUAAAUCACAAAGCUAAAGGGUAUUGUGACUGGGAAAGGAGUUGCUUGUCCUUCAUUUGGGUCUUGCUGUCUUACUGCUUUAGGAAUACCUUUUAAAUACUUAGUAUGUUGUAUACAGCAUUUGGUUUCGCAGUAUGUCAUGCUAUUUUAACAGCAAAAUAUUCAGUCAGUGAGAAUACCAUGUGCAAUUCUGUUAGCUUUUUCUGUAGUAUUAAAAGCUUACACAAUGGAAGCUAACAGUGAAUGUUCAUUCGAUCUUUCAGAGAAAGACUGUUGGCAAACUGCUUCCCUAACAGUGCAAACAGUGCAAAUUUGCACAUUCUGUGAUUCAUUUGUCUAUGGGUUGCAAAACUGGAAAACCACACUUUAGGGUGAGUGUGGCUUAACUUUUGCAGUUGGAGAAUUUUUUGUUUUGUUAAGAAGCAACAUCUUCAAAGAUAGUUGAGAAAGUAACUAUUUAAAGGACUGUAGGUAUUGCCAGACAAAAAGUUAUGGGCAAUGCUGAAUUCCUUUCUCAGUUUUUGCAGUCUGAGGAAGUUAAGCUUACUGCUUCAGAGCUCUCUGCUCCUCUCAGAAUGAUUAACUAUAUAAUCUUGUUUCUUUGACUAGGAUGACAAUCCUAUGCGUAAGUGAUAACUUCAGUACUUUUUCAUCGUGGUCAUAAGACCAGUAUUCUUUUAGCUCAGCUUGAAUCUUAAAGGAUGCUGAAUUGACACUGUUAGAGUCUGAAGUUAUCUAACCUUGGAACGUGCUCUGUAGAGGCCAUAAGCGUGCCUGAUGCCAACGUACCCCAUUCCAGCAAUAAAGGGACCAUCUCCAAGGGGAGAGAAUAAAGGGAGUGCACCUUUCGGCAUCACUGCAGGGAUUGCCAGUAAAGGGAGUGGGUUUUGACACAGCUGUACAUUCAUUAGGAAGUGGAUUGGCACCAAGCGGCCAUUUCACAGUACGAACUUUGAAAAUAUAUAAACUGUUGAUGAGAUUUGUGGGCAAUGAGUGUUGUCUUAUUCUACAGAAGAAACAGACUAUGAAUAAGUGAUGCGCAACAUUUAAUACAGUAUUGCUUUCAUACAUGGUCUUCUAAUCUACGUAGUUGUAUUUCCUUAUAAUAAUGCAUUUUUUUAUUUAAAAAUUCCCUAGAAGCAUAAUCUUUCACCUGUUGCCAAGAUCUGCUCCCACCGAAGCCAGUAACAAAGAUGUCAUUAACCUCCACAGGAGAAAGUCUUCACUCUCACAUGGUUAUCAUAAAGUUUUAGCAAGCACUGGAGUCAGGGGUGUCUUUGCUUUACUCUGUAGCAUUCUGUGCUGGGAUCAGGUGGCUGUAUCUUAGAUUGCAGGUGUAAUGUUGGUAAAAUGGUCCUAGCAUUUGUUCAUUUACACAGUUAGUGAUAGUUUUGAUAUUCAGAUAAUCUGAAUUCUGCUUUUUUCUUCCCUCCCCCCCCUCCUGCCCCGCAUGGACAGGGUGGAAAAAGUAGUGUACUAUAAACUUGUGCUAGGAGAAGAAAUGUUUUUUUAAAAAAAAAAAAGUUAAAUGUGGCUUUUUGGAGUUCUUCUAGUAACAUUUUAUUUCUUUUCUGACAAUCCUCCAUUUCCCUGCUGUGCUGUUUGAAAGCCCAAGGUGGUGUAGCUGUAGAAAUCACUUUCAGCAUUAUCUGCAGGACUGCUACUACUUGUACCAAACUAAUUUCAAGUUGGGAGGUGCAGUGGAAGGCCAGCAGCUUUGGGAAUACGGUAAUAAAACCACUUGUGUGGAGAAAUAUUUUUGUGUAGAUAGCAGAAGUAAUGGACUUGCACAGCAGAGAAUAUUGCUGCUUCAGCCUUUUAAGCCUCCUCAGCAUAACAGGGCUUUGUUCCUUGUGAUCAGAUACCUUCCUGUUUAAUGAGAGUGGAGGUAUAUCGGACCUUUGUAAAAUCCAGAUAGGCUUUUGUUCACCCUUAUGGUUUUAGCUGCUAAGCAUAAGAUGAGAAAUGCAAAUUUGUCUUAAUGCAUAAAUCUCGUAUUUUUGGCAAUCCACAUCUAAAUCCAUGAAUAGCAACAUCACUUGUUAAUGCUAGUGUUUUGCCUUUGCAGCACUACAAGAUACUAGCUGCCUUUCUAGAUUUUCAGAUAAUUACUGUGAUCUAUAUAUCUGCCACUGUAACAUGGUGAAGAUAGAUAAACUCACAAUGUAAGACUGGGAAAAAGGUAGAAAGCACAGGCUUAACUAAACUUCUGUGGAGAUGCUAACAUAACACUAAUUGAGAAAGUACAAUCAUUUAAUUAAUGAUAAUGCAAAUUUGUCAUAUAGAAUGUAAUUUGUUAGUUUGAUAGUGUGCUGUCCCCUAGUGAGUCACUUUUGGAAUGCGAGCUUCCUAAAGUUCAGGCAGCUACAGGAGAAGGGGAAUCCUUUGAGGGAAAUACAUGUAUAGAUAAACAUACAGAUACUUGCCAAGGAGAGGAAAGAAUGAAAGCAGGAAGAGAAGAGUAAUGCAAGAGUAUGACCUGAGCCAGAUUGCUAAAACUGAAGCCUCACUGUUUACAAUUUUAGGACAAUUUGGAUCCCCUCAAUUAGCAUCAUACAGAAGAUAUGUACUUGUUUAGGUUUUGGGGAUCUUCUUUUCUUGAUCUUAUUUCCACAGUCCAGAAGAAAGUGAAAGGAAUAUACAGAUAGGGAGGAACGUUACUGCAGAAAGGCAUGAAAAAAGAAUAGCUAUUGCUUUAACUAAGUGCACUGUUGCACUGGGACUUGACCUGUCGAUGUGAACUGAUAGUGCUGUGUUGUGAGGAAAUUACCAUACAAGGCCCCAAUAUUUUAAGGCCUCAGUUCUGCUGUCAUUUCUGCAUGGGAUGAGCCCUAGUAUCUGUAGAGAGAACCAUGUGAAUUUCACAGGAUCUGUUCUUGAAUGUGAAGCUCUGCCCAGGCAGUCGGAUGCAGAAUUGUGUCCUUAACACAUGAUCAGUCGUAGUUAUAAGGCUGUUGAUAGUGUAAUUUGGGUGCCUGUUACAUAGCCAAAACCCUUGUUACUUCAUUUUCCCAACUAAGGCAUGAGCAAAAGCCCUUUGCUGUACAACAUCUGUAAAAAAAUUUACUUCACAUAUGUCUAGUAAAUUAAGGCAUGUGAUUUUGGUCUGUGGGUCUCAACAAACUUUGCUCGUGUACCUGCCUGAAUGUUUUCUUAGAUCUGCAGCUAUGUCUCAGUGAGAAGGUAUGGUGGGAUUUGUUUUCCUGAGGGUGCACAAUAGCAGCUCUCAUCUGUCAUUCUGUGGGUGACCGCUUGCUACUGGCCAGGAUCAUGGACGGAUGCAUCCUCUGCACUUUUAUGUGAAGUUGUCUGAAAUAUGGUGAUUAACAUGAUUAUUGGAAUACUGUAUUUUGUAUAACUUAGAACAUGUAAAUACACUUUUAAAACUAACCUGUUCUAUGAAGUAAUAAGUGCUUCCAUUGUAAUAUCUGAAUAUUGUUAAUGCUUCAUGUAGCUUGAUUUGGGAUUAUUUUUUUUUCUAGAACUACAGAAAUCAAAACAAAGAUUGAUGUUGUGUGGAAUUCUAGUUUAGUUGUGAUGCCUUCUAUCAGCAAAAAAUGUUUUAAAAAAUAACAAUGAGCUACUUAAGCAGAGAAACUGAGAAUUUGAAGGAAUUGAUUCUCUUCCAGUCUUUAACAGUAGUCACUGAUGACAUUCAUAAUUGUACUCUUCCCAUCCUAUUAGCUGGACAGUUGAUUUGUUGUUUUUGAGUAGCAUUUGGAAAGUGGCAAUAUUAAAUGAUUCGUAAAACUUAGUGAUGGAGGAAGAUUAAAGUUGUUUUUUUAACUAUUCUCUCUUUUGGCUCAAACAGAUCUGUCUCCACUCUUCAGCCAGACUGCAGCAAGUUGCAAUGAAACAGUGAGUGACUGUUAACUGAAGCUCAUUUGUAACCUAGAUAGUCUACAUCUUUAUUAAUUCUAUUAUGUACAUAGAUGACAUAGGUAUCCUGUUGUGGUGUGGAGAGAGAGAAAGUGAUUAAUGACUUGAGGUUUUGCUGAGUACGUGUUCACUGGAUGCUGCACAGCUGGAACUUUCAUCAGCUUUCGUGACCUUUUCUAUCUUGUGUUAAAAAAAAACCAAAGUGGAGUGAGAAUCAUGAGCAGUCUGCUAGGAAAUACGAACACUUGGGUUUUGAGGAGGAGUUGAGAUUGAUCCAUCAGCCUUCAUCUAAAGAGAUUAGCCUGUGAUGACACUUUGUCCAGCCAUAACGUAACUUCUUUAAUGCCGUACUGGAGCAGUCUCCUCUCUGGUAACAGCUGCAUCUGCAGUGUUCCAUAAAUGACAAAGCCACAACAUCUUUUGUAGUGGGCAGAGAUGGUGGCAUCUCUUUUUUUUUUUUUGUUUCUUCUCCCCCCUCCCCUCUCAGUGUCUCUAGGCUGUAAAAUAGCUAUGAAACAGCUAGGCAUAUGUGCCAGUUACUCAGAAAACUCUGUUCCUGUAAAGCUUUUUCAGAGACAUACAGUUUUUCACCAAAUAGUUGGAGGGAACUCCUGUCUGCUAUAUUUGGCCUGAAAUUCUGUUGCCUCUUGGAUAAAAGUAUUUUUUUGGCUUCAGAUGUGACACUGAUCUGUCCCAUUCAUUCAGUGGGAUGGAUGAUAAAUCUGCACAGUAUUUAUAUAAGAUAGAAAUCUGAUCUUAGUUUUACUGUGUGUUAAGUUGUUUAAUCUCUUGGAUGUCUACUCCUUGAGGUUGUCUAUAUAAUUCCUGUAAAUGUAGCUGCUUUUUGAAGCAGUCCAAUCAAGUGCAUUUGAGAUUAUCCUGACUGAAAGAUUCUAUAGAAAUGAAAGAGAUAAUAAAGAUUGUAAAGCGGCUGGGUAAAACUGUAUUGCCAUAAAUGGUUUUAAUUUAUAGAUUAAUCCUUUGUCCCAAACUGCUUAUUUUGUACAUAAACCUACACACUCCUGGCAGCUGAUGGGUGAAAAUAAAGGUGCUUAAACAGCAAUCUAAUGAGGAAAGGGCAUUUCACUGUUUCAGAGUUGGUAUUAUUUUGUAUUUCCAUUUAUUACACUUUUUAAAAUGUAUAAACCACAGAUUUGAAUUCUUGAAGUCUUCAGCUUGGAUUUUGUGAGUAGUUUAAAUCCUCUCACCUCUCUGCUCGUAACUGGUUUUUAAGAAAAAGAAAAGCUUUUGUUUAAAAUGUAAAAUUUUGACUGUAUUAAAUUCUGUUAGUACCCUUCCUUUUUAAGAAAUAAAAUGUAUAUU